AUGGGUAGACCUAGCAAACGCGCUGCUCAUAUGAGACAGCACCGUUUAAAUGAGACAAACGAAGAAAGGGAGAAACGUCUAUCUCAAAAGAGGAAAUCUACCUCAAUUGACAUUUCAAAAGAGACUUGUGAAGAGCGCAAAAAUAGGCUUUCAAUAAUGCGGGCUUACAUGAAAAAAGUUUUGUACAGGGAAAAUAUCGAAAAACGUACUCUCCGUCUCGGCCUGAUCCACGAUCGCCUAUCGAAUGAGACGGAAGAGCAACGUGCCCACCGCCUCGGCGUGAUCCACAAUCGUCUAUUGAAUGAGACGCAAGAGCAACGUGCCCACCGCCUUGGCAUGAUCCACGUUCGUCUAUCGAAUGAGACGCAAGAGCAACGUGCUCACCGCCUUAGCAUGAUCCACGAUCGUCUAUCGAACGAGACGGAAGAGCAACGUGCUCACCGCCUUGGUGUGAUCCACGAUCGUCUAUCGAAUGAGACGGAAGAGCAACGUGCUCACCGCCUCGGUGUGAUCCACGAUCGUCUGUCGAAUGAGACGGAAGAGCAACGUGCUCACCGCCACGGUGUGAUCCACGAUCGUCUAUCGAACGAGACGGAAGAGCAACGUGCUCACCACCUCGGUGUGAUCCACGAUCGUCUGUCGAACGAGACGGAAGAGCAACGUGCUCACCGCCUCGGUGUGAUCCACGAUCGUCUAUCGAAUGAGACGGAAGCGCAACGUGCCCACCGCCUCGGCGUCAUCCACGAUCGUCUAUCGAACGAGACAGAAGAGCAACGUGCUCACCGCCUCGGUGUGAUCCACGAUCGUCUAUCGAAUGAGACGGAAGAGCAACGUGCCCACCGACUCGGAUUGAUUCGCGAUCGCUUAUCAAACGAAACACCUGAAACUCGUUCAGAUCGACUUAGUAGAAUGCAACAAGCUGAUCAAGCUUGUAGGGACAUCACAAAUGAACAAUCUUUUGAAGCGGCUAUUAAUAUUUUUGCUGAUGUACCAUGCGCCGUUUGUAAAAGAAGCCUUUAUCCUCAACAGCGUUCCAAUUUACGAGCAAAUAUGUAUAGUAUACUAUUACCUGAAGAACUGGUUGCUUUAGGUACAAUAACUACGUGCUCUCGAUGUAGCAAUAAUAUUAGGAAAAGAAAAAUUCCAACAACUGCAUAUUGGAAUAAAAUGAUGCCCGCAGAAGUACCGCCUGAAUCAGUCAAUUUGACGAGCGUUGAAGAACGAUUUUUAAGCCGCAUCGUACCGUUUUUAAAGAUUGUAAAACUUAAUAACCGGUUCAGUCAAAAUUGGUGUAAAGGGCAGGUCAUUCUAUUUGCAAAGGAUGUUGUGGAAAUUGGUGAACAGUUACCACUGACACCAAAUCAAGCUGGUUUAGUUUUGGUAGUGGAAAGUCUCGAGAACCUUUCAUGUUCUAAAGAAUUCGUCGUGGAUAUGCAAAGACUGAAUCGAGCAUUAACUUGGUUAAUUUCCAAUAACCAUCUUUACAGCGAUGUUCAGGUACAUUUUGAAACUACUUUAAAUAUUCCUCAUAUAUUACAAAUAGCUGAAAAUUCUAUUCCUGAACAGGAUGGCGUUGCUUCUGAAACUUUAUCACAACAUUAUAUCACUUUAAAUGACAACAAGGCAAUAUUACGCGGAUCAUUUAAUCAAGGUGAUUUACGAUUUAAUUUAUCUCGGGGUAAGCAAUGUACUGGGAUAGCGGCUGUUGCUUGUGCAGCAUUUAGUGUAUUAGAUCCAAACAAGUGGGCCAAAAGUGAUAUUGAUUACAUUGUAAUUAUUGGCGAUAAAUACUAUAAUGACUGCAUCGCUGCUAGAGAUAAUCCUGCGCCCGGCGAAGUAAAUUCUGAGUACCUUGCUGUUUCAGAUCUUAGUCCAAGACUUAUAUAUAAUAGACAAAAUUUAGUGAUCACAGUACUUGAGGAAACCAAUCAUAAUGGCCACAUAGACAAUGAUAAUACUUCCGAUGGAUUUCCUAAUUUAAAAAAUGCAUUAUUAAGUUUUUUCAGAGAACACUCCAAUGGGAUACUUACAGCAAACGCCAUAUCGAUAGCAGUGCAUUGCAGAACUUUAGGUGACAAUCAAACUUACUUUUUGUUUGAUUCCCAUGCAAGGGGUCCCAAGGGGGCUUCCGCUCCCAUAAAUGGUACCGCUUGUUGCAUGCGAUUUAGUGAACUGGAUGAUUUGCAUGCUAUUUUACGUCGCAAUUUAUUUGUGUCGCCAAAAAAGUGCCAGAAGGAAACUUUCGAGAUAAUCUUAAUGUAUUCUCGUUAA